GUUAGACUAGAUUAGUACAUGUAAACACGGGUAGGUUGAAGAAAGAAAAAGCGAGUGAUGGGUACAAUGUUGGGUGACGCCACGAACUGGAACGAAGAUUCGUACAGAGAAGCCGUAUUGAAAGAAAGAGAGAUUCAAACACAAACUGUUUUCAGAACAGCUUGGGCUCCUUCUCAAUCUCAACCUCAAUCUCUCUUCGUUGCUUCCAGUGAUGGUUCCAUCGCUUCUUACUCUCUCCCUUCCACCAUCACCGCUUCUAAGCUCAAAAAUCCAUUUGGUUUUGUUAAUGCUUAUGCGGAUGAUUUAUUGGCUGAGCCAGAUUGCUUAUUUCAAGCGCAUCAUGGGUCUGCUUAUGAUGUCAAAUUCUAUGGUGAUGAUGAAAAUGCUCUCUUGCUCAGUUGUGGUGAUGAUGGGCGGAUUCAAGGAUGGAGAUGGAAGGAACUUACAAGCUUCAAGUAUACUAUUUCUUCAGAAGGAAAUGAUAUCAAGCCCGUCCUUGAUGUGGUAAAUCCUCAACACAAAGGUCCUUGGGGUUCACUUUCACCUCUCCCUGAGAAUAAUGCUAUUGCUGUAAAUACUCAGGCGGGGUCUGUUUUCGCUGCGUCCGGUGAUUCUUGUGCAUAUUGUUGGGAUGUGGAAACUGGUAAAUUAAAAACGGUAUUCAAGGGACACUCUGAUUACUUGCAUUGUAUUGUUGCUCGCAACUCAUCCAAUCAGAUCAUAACCGGUUCAGAGGAUGGGACAACACGAAUUUGGGAUUGCAAGAGUGGAAAGUGUAUCCAAGUGAUUGAUCCAGCAAAACAUUUGAAGUUAAAAGGACCUAUUUCAUGGGUUGGCUCUGUUGCUUUAGAUGCAAGUGAGAGCUGGUUGGCUUGCAGUAGUGGACGUAAUAUAUCACUUUGGAACCUUCCUGCUGCAGAGUGCACGUUAAAUUUUUCCACUCGAGCUUCUGUACAGGAUCUGUUAUUCGACAGUAAUCAAAUUCUGACAGUUGGUGCAGAUCCUAUACUCAAUCGCUUUGACAUGAACGGACUACGUUGCUCCUCCAUCAGCCUUUUCUAUCUCCUUACAUCCAGCAGGGGUUAUUGCCGUUGGUGGCUACGGAUGUCUUGUGGAUGUAAUCUCGCAAUUUGGCAGCCACAUGUGCACAUUUCGAUGCCAAUGUGUUUAGCUAGGUUCGCAAUAUAUAGUUGUAGUCAAGAGCCAAAAGCCCAAAAAAUAUUCCCAGCUCAAUGUAUAACAAGAUCAUUUAGAUUUAUAAUUGUUGAUUUGGCAGUAGAUAAAAUAAUUAUCUAUUUCCCUAAGGUACCCUAUGUACAUUUAACCAUCAUAGAUGCAGGCGAUGGUUUGGGAAGUGCCAAUGUUACACCUUUAUGUUGUGGUGGCUGGCUUUCAUCAUUUAAGCCAUUUCUCAACCAUGAUCUACAAAUUAUGGCUGGACUUGCACCCGAGGGGUCACAAUUCGAUGCUGGGAAAUUUGAUCAAAAAAUGAAUGACUUGAUUGCAGCUGAUGGAGAUGAGUUCUGGACUUCUUACGAUGAGGUUUAUGAUAGUUUUGAUGCUAUGGGUUUGGCAGAGAAUCUCCUCAGGGGAAUUUAUGCAUAUGGUUUUGAAAAGCCAUCUGCCAUUCAGCAAAGGGGCAUAGUUCCCUUCUGCAAGGGACUUGAUGUUAUUCAACAGGCUCAGUCUGGAACCGGGAAAACAGCAACUUUCUGCUCUGGUGUUCUCCAGCAACUUGAUUACAAUGUGACUCAGUGCCAGGCCUUGGUUUUAGCUCCAACUCGUGAACUCGCUCAGCAGAUUGAGAAGGUUAUGCGUGCGCUUGGAGACUAUCUAGGUGUUAAGGUGCAUGCUUGUGUUGGAGGUACAAGUGUUCGUGAAGACCAACGUAUUCUAUCAACUGGUGUUCAUGUUGUGGUUGGUACUCCUGGUCGUGUGUUUGAUAUGCUGCGCAGACAGUCUCUUCACCCAGAUUACAUCAAGAUGUUUGUGUUGGAUGAGGCUGAUGAAAUGCUUUCUCGAGGUUUCAAAGAUCAGAUCUAUGAUAUCUUUCAGCUGCUGCCGGGUAAGAUUCAAGUAGGAGUUUUCUCUGCUACAAUGCCUCCUGAGGCACUUGAGAUCACAAGGAAGUUUAUGAACAAACCUGUGAGGAUCCUUGUGAAGCGUGAUGAGCUCACCUUAGAGGGUAUUAAGCAGUUUUAUGUCAAUGUUGAGAAAGAGGAGUGGAAGCUGGACACACUCUGUGAUCUUUAUGAGACAUUAGCCAUCACUCAGAGUGUCAUUUUUGUGAACACCAGGAGGAAAGUUGAUUGGUUGACUGACAAAAUGCGAAGCCGAGACCAUACAGUCUCAGCUACUCACGGAGACAUGGAUCAAAAUACCAGGGACAUUAUUAUGCGUGAAUUCCGUUCUGGGUCUUCUCGUGUUUUAAUAACUACCGAUCUGUUGGCUCGUGGUAUUGAUGUCCAACAAGUGUCUCUGGUUAUAAAUUUUGAUCUCCCUACGCAGCCUGAGAACUAUCUCCAUCGUAUUGGUCGUAGUGGAAGGUUUGGUAGAAAAGGUGUUGCCAUUAACUUUGUCACGAAGGAAGAUGAAGGAAUGCUGCGAGAUAUCCAGAAGUUUUACAAUGUGUUAGUUGAGGAGCUGCCAUCAAAUGUUGCUGAGCUUCUCUGAUGAGAUUUUGUCCUCCAUAUAUUAGACGGAAAUUAGUACUUUUGGCAUGUGUUAUGAGUAUUUACUUUACACCCUCCCCUUUUGGUUUUAUUUCUGCUUUUGAACUUUGUCUGUUUGAUAGUCUUGGUAAUUUAUGUUGCAUUUUGAAGUUGUCUGAAUAUCCAAGGGGUAGGUACUUGCAUUGUUGAAUUCAUUAUUGGCCAAAUUGGUGUUAGACACUCUUGCUUAUUUCUAGAAGGCAAUUUUUCUAGAGUGAGUUUUAACGUUAUUUGUUUAUUUGUUUAACUUUAAAGACAUUGUUAUGUUUUUCUUAACGUAUUUAGAAAUUGUGUGAUUA